CAUUAAACCCGAAUUAACUAACUAACUAACUAAUUGCAGGGAUUAACUGUCUGUUAAGAUGGAAUAUGCAAGCGAUAAAAUCAGAACAAUGAACACGAACAUCUAAAGACUACGAGUUACAAUAAUGUUACAAUGUUGGUCUUAUUUCCAUCUUAUCCGAAUCUACACCGAAUUCCCUUCCAAAGGCCCUACGACGGUGUAGGCUUUGCACGUACUGUAAAGGCAGCCACGUCAGCCUCGCCCCAUCGUUCGUCCAUUCACACUGCUGUGGGCGCAGUGUGCACAUAACAGAAUUCCAGGGUGACACUAUGCGGAGUUCCAAUGUCUUGAGGCCGGUACCAUAAAUCCUUUGCAGUGCAAUAAGGUCUUUUGUCGCACAACCUCGAGAAACACUUUCCCCCCCAAAAGAAAACACUUCCCCGCACAUUGGGGCAUCUGGUCCGUUCGCAGAAUGUCUAGGCGUGGUUGCGAUUCAGCGGCGAUGGGUUGACUUCAAAGCCACAGCACUGCUUCGGCGAACCGAAUGGCGGCAGCCGCGACUCAACCCACCUACCCACUCCCCGUAAACCGCGACUGCCCAGCCUCCGCAACUCUUUGCCGCCGCUUUCGCGUCGAGCCGCGCGUCUCUUUUGACAACCAUGCACGGCCCUUACAAGUAGCCGCCCGCACACACAACCCCGAAACUCCACUGUAAUAAACACACUUCACACGAACAGGAGAAUAUUCUUGACGCACCGCUACUUGUUAACACUGUGGGAACACGCUGCGUCGUCUAGCUGGUCCCGCAGUUGGUUCAAGCGGUCGAUCCGGUGAUACUUUUGGUCCAACCCAGCACAGGCUAAAGGAAAUUAUCAGGCGCGGUGCUAAAAAAAUGAAGCUUCGUUUGCCACCGUUCUGUCGUCCGUGAUGCGGUCGCUAAUUCCGCACGUAAGCGGCGAUUCACAACCGCCGACAAGGGGCCAGUUGGCAGUCAGUGGGCCAGUGGGUACGCCGCUCUGCCGCGACGAAACUUGCAUCUGUGCGCAAAGUUGACGCGCAACGUUUGGUUGGAAGCAGACGACGCGGGCAUAAAACGAGGGUUCUUCUAUUACCCGAGUUCACAGCGUUUGGGCUGCAUACUAGGACCACGCCAGGCGUGCGCUACCCGGCGGCCCAGGAACGCGGUACACACGGUCGCUGAAUCGGAGCUCCGGCUUUGUGGGAUAUAAAAGACCGGAGCACCAACGCGACACUGCUGAUAAAAACGAAGCGAGCCGUAUUAGUGCUAUGCUCCCUCGUGGCUGCGAGCGGAGAAGGAACGGCGGCAGAUUGCAACAGCGUUCAACUUUCCCUCAGAUCUGCCCUCGUAUCAUUAACAGCGCAGUCAUGAAUCGUGCCGGCGCGAAAGAAAGCUGCGCGAGCGUGACUUUGCAGUUUCCAGCUGUGGACCCAAAACGUAGAGAUAAGCAAUCUCGCCUACAACCACGCCUACAGCGGCCGCCUACACAGUUUUCGAAGUGCGCGCUUUAGGUUGGUCGUAUUACUCGCCGUGGUGUGCGAUUUCAAUAGUUUUUUUUUCGUUUUCUUUCUUUUUUCCAUGCUCUCGUUCCUCCGUUUCGUCUGCUGCUCUAAGGUUCCUGUGUUGCCUGAACUGUGGACACUUUCCUAGCUUCCCAUAAAGCCAGCGAUGUCUGUGAAUUUCGUGGUGUCGGACAGUGAUGAUUCGGUGCGUCGGUGCAGCAGUUCGUCCGAUGAAGACACCGCUUGCCAGGAUGCGGACGCUGGAACUCCGGCCUCCUCGUCGCGUCAGCAUUGUGCUCCAGAAAAGCAGCCUGUGGAACCCGCAUCACAACGGCUGUUGAGGAGGACGCGGAAACGCCGCCGACGCAAGCUCAAGUUCCAGUCCAUUUCAUCGGGGGAGAGCUGGGGCGGCCACUUGGAAAAGCAAGUAAUCGCCAAUACCGACGCGUCCGGGUCCCACUCGACUGAGGAGGAACCCGUAGUUACGGGCAGCCAGCACGGACUCAUUGCCGAACGUGUCUGUGGCCUGAAAAAAGCGCAAGGUGGGGAAACUGCAACAUCCGAUGCUGAUGGGCCUGCUAGGUUAGCCAAAGAGAGCCUGCCAAAGCCUGGCUCCAGAGUAGACUGUGCCAUGCCGGACAACUAUACCGAAGCUGCCAUCACUCGAACACAGGGCAACCGGUGCCAACCACAUGUCGUGAAACCAGAUUCGCGGACAGUGGCACCGGCGACGAAAAUUGGGGCCAGCUUUGGUGAGCUGCGGAACUACAAGAUACCCAAGAUAAAGCAACAGCAGCCGUCAGUGGAGGAACGUGGCAGUCGCAUUUCCAGAGCUUCACCUGUUUCCCAGAGGAGUAAGAAACGAUGUGAAGAACAAGAGCAUCAAAAGGGGCUCUCUAGAUCUCAGAGCAGGAGCCCUCUCAGUGGCAGGUCGUCAAGCAGGGGUGUAGUGGAUAGAAUAAUUGAAGAUAUGAACAAGGCCUACCCAAGGGUCCCCAGCGGCUACAUCUCGUGCGGUGAUGGCUGCCCUCUCCAAAAAGAAGCAGGCAGUGAGUUUCCAAGGAGUCCCAUGAAGUGCCCUCCGGAAGACGACUGGGAAAUUAGCGGGAAAGUAGCAAAGUCGGCCAUACUCAAUCGUAUGCCAUUCAGUAGCCAUGCCAGGCAAAAGCAACAGACUAAGAAGGUUUGCGUUAUGUGUAAACGUAGAGACAUUUCUGACUCGGGGGGUCAAGACACCUGCAUCAGGUGCUCCCUUUGCAAGGCGAUCACCAAAGAACAGGCUGCAGUAAAGGAGCAGGUGGGCAAGGAAAGGCAGGCUGCUCCUGAACCGGACACACCAACUAAGUUGUUUAAGCGGCGUUCCUCGUCGGAUGUCGAGAACAGGGAGCGGGACAUCAGAAAACCUGCCUGCCCUCUUUCAUCCAGGUCGGACGACAGAGUUAAGGUGGACACUGCGUCAUUCCAAGGGAACAACCACAGGAUUGUUGCAAAAAAGCGAGCACGCAAGACCUACCUCACUAAGCCAAUCAUCUCCUCUAGUGACGAAUCCAGCAGCAGUGAAGAUGGUGGUUCUGCUGCUACGGCUACUGCUGUUUCUGUGCCUCGACAAGUUAAGGCAGCUGUAUCGCCGUCUGUGGAACCCCGGCAAGAACACGAAAACACCUCCAGCGAAAGUCGACGAAAUAUUGCUGCUACGGCUACUGCUGCUUCUGCGUCUCAACAAAUCAAGGCAGCUGCAUCACCGUCUGUGAAACCCUGGCAAGAACACGAAAAGACCUCCAGCGAAAGUCGGCGAAAUGUUGAAAAAAACCUGCCUCUAAAGGAUGGCAGUCAGAAUUCCGAGAAGCGGUUUAAAGCAAGUAGCAAUGGUUCGAAAGUUAGCAGAGCCAAUCCUACGUUACAGAAAAAGAAAAUUAACUGCAAUAACAAGGAGAAGCUUAGACGGAAAGUGAUGAAACAAGCAUGGAAAAAUGCAAAGGACACAGAUGACUAUUUGAGAGCGCUGAAUGAAACGCCAAAGGGCAGAGAGCCAAUGAAAACUGUCACCAAGAACACCGAGAGUGAGGAGUGUGAAAAUUGUGAAAGCGUAAAAGAUGAUAUUGCAGAUACAGAAACUGCAUCCUUGGAGCAAAAUAAUGUUUCCAGUGACAUUGAUGGAUUUACCUCAGACUCGUUAAUCUCACCAGGUAACCCAGCAUUAGUUGUUGCAUCAUGCUGUAGUCUCAGCCUGACUGACUGGGAGGAUCUAAAGAACGAAUCAGAGAUAGCCGAUGGCAUAACUGAAAGCAUUGCACUUACACGUGCCUCGGCGUCAAGUGACAGUAGUCCACCUGGAGGUAAAAAUAGCAAUUUGGCAACAGGCCCUGAAAAAUGUGCUGCAGAGGCAGGUUCGUCUCCUAUCGUGAUUUCUGAUUUUUCAGGUGACGAAUUAACCGAGAAGGGUUGCAAUGCAGCUAAGAAGUCCCUUAUGGGGCUACCAUACUUGGUGCGUUUCGAGGAUGAUGGUGCCAUGUCUGUCAUCAUUCAAGAUGGAGCAAGUGGUGGUGGUCAAGAAGAACUUUGCCCUGCAAAGGAUUUGGGUGUGCUGGCACAGCAGUCGCAGGAAGUGUCUUUCAAUUCUUCUGGCACAGAUCACCUGGCUUCUUCGGCGGUGUGUUUACAGAAGAUCGGUACCACUGUUGUACCAGAAGGUGGUGCCGAGAAAGCUGCUUUAUCUAAGCACGGGGAACCAAAGGGGAGCAGCGUGCCAUGUUCAGAGGACCCAGCUUUGUCUGCAGAGCAGUUCCACGUUUCCAGGGUUGCUAAUGCGCAGUCUUGUGACACGGAUGGCACUGGGAAUGACUUUCUGCCAUGCUCCAUGGGCCAUGAUUUGCCGACAGGCGAGUCGAUGUCAGCCAUACCAACAAACACGAAAGCAGCAGCCUUGCAGAGCUCUUACACAGCCGAAGGCACUGUUCGGAAUACCUCUUUGUCAAAUGCUGGAGCCUUGGUUUCAGACUCUGAUCAGUCACUCCUGCAUGUUAUAGAGAACAUGGAGACGUCCUGCACGAACGAAACUUCCACAGCCAAGGCCAGUGCUGGGAGCAGCUAUCUGCAGUGUGCUCAGCAGCCUGCUUCAAGCAUGGAUCAAUCGCAGUUGUCCAUCGCACAUUCGUCUUGUACGCAGCUCUUUCGUACAAACAGGCACAUUGACAGAAAUGCCUCACUGCAGAGUUAUGAGGACCAUUAUACACAUACACAUAAGCUGGCGUUAGUCCCUGCCAAAAAUUCGGACAUUGCAGAUUUUCCCAUCUCUUCUGAUACCAUCUCUCUUGUCGACAAUGUCAUCGGAAUAUCGAGGGCAGCUACUAGCACCAUUGACAAAAAUUCAGCUGACCACCACAGCAUGCUGCACGGGCUACUGGAAGAAUAUGUCCAAAAGUUAGAGAAUUUCCUUGCGGCCCUCAAUGAAUGCACAUCAGACUAUCGUGAGAAAUUGGUCGGUACACUAUUGCCAGACUGCUUUGCCAAACUGAAGAGAAUGGUGCAACUGGUGUGGAGAAUGGAGGCUAAAUUGGGACGCCUAGGCACAGGCAGAGUGUUGGAUCUAGACAAGGGCAUCUUCUCUCUGCAGAUCGAAUAUGCAGGGACGCUCUCAGGGACGUCGUCAGUGGAGUCGGACCUUCCGCCCUUUAUGUCAUUUGAAGUGCGCAGUGUACCUCAUCUGCUCACUCAUACCAAUCCACCAUGCCCGGAUGUAGUGGAAGGCGGGGAGGCAGCUAACAGCAUCGAGGUACCACAGCAGCACUCAGUGUUGAACUGCCCAGCAGAUGGCGCUUUGGGUGCACUUGGUCAUCAUGAGAGAUCGGGGGCUUCAGCAGGUUCUGGUGGUUCUUCUCUUGGUCUUGCCGUGACACAAACCGUGGCUGCUGCAGCAGUGCAUCCACCUCUCGACGGAGCUGAUCAGAAUGAGCAGAGCAACGCGCUGUUGGCAAGUCGCCAGAAGGCAAUGACUAGCACAGAAGCGAACGUUGCCGGAGGGUUCAGCAGUGGCAUGUUGCCGCCAUCCGGUGCCAUCACCGAGCAAGGCCAGGUGACUGGCCAGUUAGAGACACUGCAAGCGUCUGCGGGUGCUUUGACAGCUGAAAGUACAGUUCGUCAAACAGCCACUGGUGAUACUUCCAUUCUUGGGCGGGAACGGCCCAGCACAGGAAUUUCUGGCCCACCACAUUCUACUCCAAGAGUUCCAGAUGCUCUUCUUCUUUUGAUGUUUCUGAAACCAAAGAACUCGGAAGCUGCUUCUAGUGGUGGACUGUCUGAGAGCGUCAGCAGGAAAGACGGCACCAGUGUGCGUGUAGAGCCAGUUGUUGCAGACACUGCAGUAUCCGAGAGCUCUCCUAGGCACAGGCCAGUGACGCUAAACAACUUGGAAGCUGCUUCUAGUGGUCGGCUGUCUGAGAGCGCCAAUAAGAAAGACGGCACCAGCGUGCGUGCAGAGACGGUUGCUGCAGAGCAUGCAGCAUUCAGGAGCUCUAAUAGGCACAGGGAACUGUCCAGGGAAACGGCUGCUCAACUUCAACAGCAACUGUUGGCUCCGGAAAGAACCAUGCUGCCCAUUGCAUAUAAGAAUUCAUUACUUGGAUCUAGAAUGGAAGUGGACCCUAAUGGAGCCAAGAAACAGCUGCCUGGUCAUGGAAAUAGGCUUGGAAGCUUUUCCACAAGUUCGCAGGGGCAAAAUGUUGUUGACACUCUCAGUGUAGUGCAGCAGAACUCUCAGACUCCAAAGGAGAAACUCCCUCAAGCAUGUAGCCAGAAUGAAAUUCCACGGCACAUUCGUCUACACCAAAACUGUAGGCCAGGAGCACAGAGUUCUUCAGCUCCUAGCAGAUCUAGCCAGACACGCCAAGUGCGUUUUGAGCUAAGGGACCCUCCACCACUCAUGUAUGUGGGACCACGUGAACACACUAUGCCCAAUGAAGCGGCACACACACAACCAGGCAAGAUGACUUCAAAACAACGGGAGGAGCUUGGAAGGCAGAUCACUGCUUACUCUCAACACAUUGCUUGGCUAAAUGCCUAUGGCCUUCCAGAGAACUCGCAAGGCUAUGCAGGGUUUCCCUAUAGCUGUGCCAGCCUGUCACUGUUGCCUCCAGACAACGUGCCACCAAAGGGGCAACCACUGACUUCUACUUCAGAACCUGCUUCACAACUGUACAAUGCACCCCAGCCACAUCCAGUACCAGGGACAAGUGUCGCACAAGGGCAGUUCCAAAAGCAUCAGCGAUGUUUGCCAGAGGAGCAGCAAGGGCAACAGACACGUAAAACUGCUCGCACAGUGAAUUCCGUGCUUGCACUGUCUGCAAGAACGUCGACGAUGGAAGCAGAGCACAGUUAUGGGUCCCAAAUCUCUCCCCUGGUGCUGCAAUCUGAUAGAGCGCAGGACAUGAGCCAAGCCAAGGAUGCUGAAUUGAUUCAAGCAGAGAAAGAUGUAGACCUUCAGCUGAAGAAGCGUCAACGUCUUCAGCUGCUUAUGCAACAUCUCAAGGCCGCACAAAUUGCUGCUGGCCAGCAAAGAGGACAUUCCGGAGCUUCUAAACCAAGGCAGCUGUCAGAAAGAGAACGGUACCUACAGGAGCAGAUCCGACUUGCUUUGAGUAUGUUAACUGCAAGAAGUGCUGACCAGAGUAGCCAGCAGCACCAUCCAGACUAUGCAUCCUUCCAGAAGUUGCCGCAGUAUGUCUGUGCAAAGCAGUCAUGUGAAUCUUCGGCACAGCCAAGGACGUCCAUGAGCAACAGCGCCGCGAGAAUUUCCGAACAAAGCACUCCAUCAGAAUCUAACACGAGAUUUGUGCGCCCAUGGACUUGUGAUUCGCAAUGGCCCUACCCUUACAGUGCUUGUCAAGAAGCGGUGCAGAGGUGGAAAAGACAGCAGGAGAAUGUAAUUGAGCCGACAACCAGUGUGCUGCCACAAAGUGCUACAGUACAAGCUGCAGAUGAGCACAGAGAACUUACGCUUGUCCAACCUCAGCAUACAGUGAUGGCACCUCACCAGGCAGCAGUGCAGCAAGUUCCCGUGGAAGAACCAAAUCAGAACAUGGUUGCACGGUCUGAUGUCUCUGGUUGGAGAAACAGAGUGGGAAUCUUGUUGGAGUGUAGUGCACCCCCUGCUUGCGAUUCUCUUCCAGAUGCUGAAGCCUCCAAUGACCGUCUUGCAGAGAAGCAGCACACAAGCUGCAUUGGACUGCGAAGCCAGCAGUUGUUGAGGGAACCCUUUUCAAAGCAGCUCUUGCUGGGGCAACCUCCAAGUUCAGCACAAGGCUUGCCGCCGCAGGGACAGCCGCCUCCAAGACAGUAGAGCUGCCAUAUAUGUAGCCUUGUAUAGGGCAUUGAGUGCACUAUGGAGUGUAGACAGAAUACAACAAUCUUCGCACUGAUACCAUUGCAUAGUCUGUUGACAAUUGGUCGACACAGCUUGCCUCAGCCUGUGAUACUAGUGUCCAAAGGUCUCUCAAGAAAUGCGGAAGGUCCACAUUUCUGCAGAAGUGUUGAGAGGUUCUCACAUUUUUUAUUUUGCAGGUUCAUUAGAGUAGCACGAAAUUUGCUGUUUUUAAGUUAUAAUUCAUCUGUGUGUGUUUAUUUAAAUCAUUCCCACCAAGAUGUGAGAUAUCUCUGUGCCACACUUCUUAAUGCUCAUUUCUGUCACUCCAUCUAAGCAUUAAAGAAACACAUGUGCUUAGUAUGGUUUUCAUAUAAUCUCACUGCCACAAGCAAAUGCUUGAAGUCAAUUUUGUGUACCUGUACCAGAUGUCAUUGGUGUCAUAUUUUGCAUGUUAUUGAAUGAAAAUAUUUGGUAAAUCCAUGUAAUUUGUGAGAUCAUGGCCUUUAUUGACUCUGCAUAAUGAAGAUGCUUUUCUUGAGCGACAAGAUAAACUGCGAUGUGAGAAAUUUAGAAUUUAUGUGAAAUAUUUCGUUUAUAAGGGUCAUCUUGAAUUUGUGCAAAAAAAAACUGGCAUCAAUGGAUCAUACAUGAGUGUUGUUUCUCCAUCGCUGUUUUAAAAUAAUUGUAAAUGGUGACUAGUCCUAUGAAAAAAAGCAAGACUUGUGGACGUCUUACUUUUCUACUGAUACAUGAUAUGUAUUAUGUUCAUGAAUUAUCAGGAGUUGUAGGGCAAUAGAGAAGUAACGGAACCAAACGUAAAUCAUUCCAUGCCUAUUGGUUGUAGAUGGCACUUAUUGCUUGUAGAUUGUAAUGUAAUUGUCCUGGUGAAACGAUCCAUGCUGUUCAGGUCCCAUAAAUUGAGUGCAGGUAAGAACCUUUUCUUCUGCAACCUACAAGCUACAAUAUAUAAAGCUCUUGAAAGAGCUGACAUGCAGAGAACAGGUCCCCUCAGCCUACUUUUGGCAUGUUAUAAAUCAAGCUGUACGUUAAAGCAUGAUGUUAUUAUCAUUUGCACAUUCUUGCAUAUUCAUGGCUUUUAAGAAGUUGCUGCAUCGCAAAUUUAUUUCUGCAUUAAAGGCUACCCCAACCUUCUAGGUUGCCAGAGAAUUUUGCAUUGCAUUGGAACUUUUAUGUUGGAAGAAUAUUACGACAUAUCUGGUUGAUAUUAACUCACUGAUCUGUGCAAGUAUUUCAUAGGCACUUUUCCCCAGAAGUGAUACACAGCCUGUGCAUUGCAAAAAAACUUAUUACUGUUGCUGAAUGUAGGGUGUCUUAGUUUCCAUAUUAGCCAUAUUAGUGAUGUGCUUAAACUGCUGCUGGUGUUAACCUUGUUGAGCGAUUGUGUUGGAGCCUACUUGUUGUGCAGGUCUAUGAAUAAUGGGCAUCAAAAGCAAUAUGGCAAGCCCCACUAGUCGGCUUUUUCGUUGUUAAAGAUGCUGAUACUUGUUGUGGACUUGUUGUGGACUUUUAUUAAAGGCCUGAUGUUGGGCCUUCUAGCACCAUUUGUGUUCAAUCCAGUAAGUACGAAAGGGCUACGUCUUUGUGCAAUAUCCAUUUAUUGUUUCGAAAAUAGCAUUUUAUUUCAUGUAGCCCAUACUUGGACUUGUGCUGUAUAGAUAUGCAUUGUGUGAAUAGCAUCCACACUGUUCUUUCUUGACAUACUCCCCUUUCCUAUGAAUUUUGCUAGCUUUUCUUUGCCACCAAGCUCAGUGGAUAUGAAGUGAUAACUUGUUUGUUACCAAGUGAAUGUCACUCUUUUCUGCAAAUACAUUGAUGAUUUCAGUUUA